AACUAAGCACAUGUGUGUUUAGUAUAAUAAACCAAUUGAAUUGAUUAAAUUGUGUUAAAGUAUUAAGCUAAAAAAAAAUUAAAAAUAAAUAAAAAUAUAUAAAUAAACCAAACAAGAAGUGUUAAUCAGACAAAACGGAAGGAAGCCUUGAAAAUUAUAAUAAUUCAAAUUUGAAAAAAAAACUAAUAAAAAACACAGUGAUAUGAAGAAUAUUUCUAUGAGACUCUAUUUAGCAUUAACAUUAUCGAUAUUACUAAUCAAUUCCUGUGUCUUGGCUCAAAAAGAUCUAGUGCGUCAAUUGAUAGAAACAAAUACGUACUCUUGUGAAGUUCAUAAAAUUCAAACCAAAGAUAAUUAUAUCUUAACAGUACAUCGUAUACCUGCUUCCACUAAUAGCUCUAAAAUCGCAACACCCACAAAACGUCCUAUAAUACUCAUGCAUGGCCUGUUAGGUUCUGGCGCCGAUUUUAUAUUACCCGGUAAAAAUCGUGCCCUUAGUGCUUUACUACACGAACAGGGCUAUGAUGUUUGGCUGCCGAAUGCUCGUGGCACCACCUAUUCCAAAAAGCAUAUAAUCUAUGAUUCCUCACAACCGGAAUUUUGGAAUUUUACUUGGCAUGAAAUUGGUGUACAAGAUUUACCCGCCAUUGUUGAUUAUGUUUUGAAUUUUACUCAACAAUCCUCUUUGCAUUAUGUCGCCCAUUCUCAGGGUUCUACUACCCUUCUGGUAAUGCUUUCAGAGAGACCUGACUACAAUGAUAAAAUAGCCAGUGCUCAUCUAUUGGCUCCGGUGGCAUUUUUAAAGGAUCUCAAAAGUCCUCCCCUGCGUGUGAUGGCCUAUGAAAGUGAUAAAAUAGAGGCCCUCUUAAAUCACUUGGGAUUAUAUGAACUUUUUCCAUCUACCGCUCUAAAUCAAUUGGGCGGACAUCUGUUGUGCGGUAACGGUGUACCCACUCAAAAUCUCUGCCUGUUACUUACGUUUCUAUCGGUGGGUUUUAGUGACUUUCAAAUGGAUCGUAAUCUAUUUCCACGUUUAUUUGAAACGACACCCGCUGGCAUAUCACGCAAACAGUUUCAACAUUUUGGACAAUUGAUAACUUCCGGAAAAUUUCAACAGUUUGAUUAUAAAUCGAAAAGUGAAAAUUUACGUCGUUACAAAAGUAAAACACCACCCGAAUAUAAUUUACGUAAUGUACGUGUACCGAUGCAGUUAUUUUAUGGGAAUCGUGAUUUGUUGAUGGCUAAACAGGAUGUUUAUCGAUUGGCGAAUAGACUGAAAAAUACUCAUUAUUCAUUACAUGAAAUACGAGGAUUCAAUCAUAUUGAUUUGUUAUACUCUACAGAAGCACCACGCUUAAUCUAUAAGCAAAUACUCCAGGAGAUUAAGAAAUUCUAUAAAUAGAAAAAAAGAA